AUGGAAACAAACAGAAGACUGUGGUGACAAUCCAAAAGAAUCUGCUCCGUUACCAACUAAACUAAACGACUGGAAACUGGCAGACGAGAGGGGAAAUCAUUUCCAGCUGCAGCUUGGUCAGUAUCGCUUCAGAGGAUAAAAAAUAAGUACAGUCAAAUCUAAUCUAAAAAGUUUGUUUACACAAAGAAAAAGAAGAGGAUUCAACAGUGUGUAAGAGUUAAAGAAAUGCUGUCCAGGGUUAUCUCAGCUGUCUUUCUGGUGGUGUGGGUCAGUUCUUGUGCCUUCACCUCGGCAGACCAGUACUUAACCAGAGCUCUGAAGCUGAUGUCUGAGACGCCACUCAUCGAUGGCCACAACGACCUGCCAUGGCAGCUUCUAAAGCAAUUCAACAAUGAGCUCAGCAAAGUGGAUCUCAACACCCUCCAAACAACACACACCAACAUCCCCAAGAUCAAAGAGGGACGGCUGGGAGCGCAGUUCUGGUCAGCCUACGUUCCAUGUGAGACUCAGUACAAAGAUGCCGUCAGACAAACACUGGACCAGAUCGAUGUGAUUCACAGGAUUUGCCAAAAAUACCCAGAAACCUUCAUGUUCGCCACCAGCAGCAAAGACAUCAUGGACGCCUUCAACAUGAACAAGACAGCCAGUCUGAUCGGGGUGGAGGGGGGUCAUUCUUUGGACAGCAGUCUGGGAACCCUCCGCCUCAUGUACCAGCUGGGGGUCCGCUACCUGACUCUCACACACUCCUGCAACACACCGUGGGCGGAUAACUGGCUUGUUGACACUGGAUCAGAGCCAUCGGAACACAAUGGCCUCUCUCCAUUUGGCAAGCAACUGAUAGUGGAGAUGAACCGGCUGGGGAUGCUGAUUGACCUGGCUCAUGUGACUGUUGCCGUCAUGAACCAGGUGCUGGACAUGUCCAAAGCUCCCGUCAUCUUCAGCCACUCCUCUGCCUACAGCAUCUGUCAGCACAAGAGGAACGUCCCUGAUGAUGUUCUCAAGAGAGUCAAUCAAACCCGCGGAAUCGUCAUGGUGAACUUCUACAACGACUACGUGACCUGCAGCAAGACCGCGAACCUCUCGGAUGUUGCUGAUCACUUUGACCAUAUCAAGAAAGUGGCCGGGGCGGGUAUCAUCGGUUUUGGUGGAGAUUAUGACGGAGUAACCAGAUUACCUGAGGGUCUGGAGGAUGUGUCCAAGGUGCCCAAUCUGGUGGCUGAACUGCUGAGAAGAGGAUGGACCGAUGAAGAGGUUAAAGCUGCUCUGGGAAACAACCUGCUCCGGGUCCUGAGAGAGGUCGAGAAGGUCCGUGACAGCCUGAGUGGUGCGAGUCCAGAUGAUGUCCCUAUUCCGUACGAGGAGGUGAAGACCCCGUGCAGGACGAGCUUCUUCUUCACCAGCUCCGGAGCCGUCCACUCCCACAGUGCACUGGGCCUCCUGCUCACACUGGCUCUGCAGGCUCUUAUCACAUUAACAGUGUAAAUGAUUGAGGCAGUUUCUCCAUGUAUAGAUCUACAAUCAGCUUUUUCCAUGUAUCCUCUCUGUGCUGAAAGAAACACUGAAGCGCUGCAGUGUCAAUCGGGUUGGACAGAUGGGGUCGUAUCUGAUUUGAAUGGACUUCAACAGGUUUGAUUCAGUUACAGUGUCACAUUUAAAACCAAACAGAAAUGAUCACAUCAAGUUGAAGUUGUUCAGGCCUGAGUCAAUGUUUCAUCUGUAUUGAACAUCUGUAUUACAUGACACUUUUACAAAGAGGAUCAGAACAUGAAGUAAAAAAACACACAAAAACAGUCCAAGACACCAGCAUGUCCAUAUUUCUAGGAGAAGUGCUCUACCUAGUGGUUUGAGAGUGUAAUGCACCUGAGAGAUAAACGUGUCACUGCAGAUUUACACCUUUAAAAUUUAAUUUGUGAUGAGUUGCUCCACUUUUGGCUUGAAAAUAUUGACAUGAUUUCGAUCUGUGAACUGAUGGCAUGAUAGCUAAAACACAAAUAAAAAGGUGACAUUCCUUAAUUCCUACAGUUUUUAACAUAAAAAUCACAUCUUAAACAAAUAAACAUAUAAAAAAAUGUAAAAUCAGUUUCUAACUAUAUGAAUUUAGGUUCAUAUAAAUGUUGUUUGCACAUUGAAAGUGAAUUAUUGUAAAAAAAAUAUAUAUAUAACACAGUAACAUCUCAUGAAGGCUGAGCCAGUAUGUUUUUUUCUUGUAGCGCACACAUGCACACACAAAAACCUUGAGGAGUUCAACAUCCUUUCAGUGACAGCAAAACGUUACAGAGAAAAACCAUUAAAAUACUGUUGUGGUUUUAAUUUUUCA